GGGAGGGCAAUAAGAAAAAAAACUCACCUUUAGCUUCCAAACCACCGAAAAUACCUCUUCAGCUCUCUUCUGAUCAAAAAAAUAUUGAAAAAAAAGAGAUUAUUUUAUUAUAAUUUUAACCAUCGUGUAUAGGUUAUAUGUCAAUCGGAUUACUACAGCACAAAGAUUUGCUGGUUUUUGAUUUUGGGUAUGAGUAGAGUCAGUUUACGAUGAGUUUGUGCUUCAAGAGCUUCUAAUGCAUCACCUCUUAAGCUGAGCAAGAGUAAAUGGAUUCAGCAAGAAGUUGGUUCCAGAAGUUUCAACCACGAGACCGCUUAAGGUCAUCAACCAAGAAGAAAGAUUCAAUGGGUAGUGGAAGAGAAGACCCCCAGCCGCCUAUGUCAGCUGAAGAGGCCUCCAAUGUAACGAAGCAGAGGGUCGCUGCAGCAAAGCAAUACAUUGAAAAUCAUUACAAGGAGCAGAUGAGAAAUUUGCACGACAGAAAGGAGCGUCGAAGUAUACUGGAAAAGAAGCUUGCAGAUGCUGACGUCUCAGAGGAAGAUCAAAAUAAUCUACUGAAAUUUCAUGAAAAGAAGGAAACUGAAUACAUGCGUCUGCAAAGGCACAAAAUGGGAGCUGAUGAUUUUGAGUUAUUAACAAUGAUUGGAAAGGGUGCAUUUGGGGAGGUAAGAGUUUGUAGAGAGAAAACAACAGGUCAUGUAUAUGCGAUGAAAAAGCUUAAGAAAUCAGAAAUGCUUCGUAGAGGACAGGUUGAGCAUGUAAAAGCUGAAAGGAAUCUGCUCGCAGAGGUGGACAGUAAUUGCAUUGUCAAACUGUAUUGUUCUUUCCAAGAUGACGAGUUUCUUUACCUUAUCAUGGAAUAUCUACCUGGUGGUGAUAUGAUGACCCUACUUAUGAGGAAGGAUACACUAACUGAAGAUGAAGCCAGAUUUUAUGUCGCAGAGACUGUUUUGGCUAUAGAAUCUAUCCAUGUACAUAACUAUAUACACAGAGACAUUAAACCUGACAACCUGCUGCUUGAUAGAUAUGGUCAUUUGAGACUAUCAGAUUUUGGACUUUGUAAGCCAUUAGACUGCAGCACCCUAGAAGAGAAGGAUUUCGCAGGGGGUGAUAGUGUCCAUGGAGCUUCUCGGAGUGAUGGGUCUUCAGCUCCAAAACGCACUCAGCAAGAACAAUUACAACAUUGGCAGAAAAAUAGGAGGACACUUGCAUAUUCUACAGUGGGUACACCAGACUAUAUAGCUCCUGAAGUCCUGCUGAAGAAAGGUUAUGGAAUGGAGUGUGACUGGUGGUCACUUGGUGCUAUUAUGUAUGAAAUGCUAGUGGGCUAUCCACCUUUCUAUUCUGAUGAUCCCAUGUCAACAUGUCGCAAGAUAGUAAACUGGAAAUCACAUUUAAAGUUUCCUGAGGAAGCAAAGCUAUCUUCAGAAGCGGAAGAUCUUAUUAGCAAACUCCUUUGCCAUGUUACCCAGCGCCUAGGUUCGAAGGGUGCUGAUGAAAUAAAGGUCCACCCGUGGUUUAGAGGAAUAGACUGGGACAGAAUCUAUCAUAUUGAUGCUGCCUUCAUCCCUGAGGUUACUGAUGAGUUGGACACCCAAAACUUUGAGAAGUUUGAAGAGUCUGAAACUCGUUCUCAGAGUGCAUCAAGAUCUGGUCCUUGGAGGAAGAUGCUCUCAUCGAAGGACAUCAACUUUGUGGGGUACACAUACAAAAACUUUGAAAUCGUGAAUGAUUACCAAGCGUCUGGAAUGGCUGAACUGAAGAAGAAGAUUACCAAGCCGAGGCCAACAAUCAAAGCACUAUUCGAGGACGAGUCAGAAGGAUCAGAGUCAAGUAAUUCUCAGAAAUCCCAAGGAAGCUUUGUAAAUCUCUUGCCUCCAUGAAUUGGAAGUUUCUUAACAAAUGAGGAUACAUAAUCACGGGUCUUACAAUGAAAUUUAGAAAGCUCAUUGAACUGUGGUUAGCAGAGUUUUGGCAGUUGGUUAGUGGGUAUUUGAUCAGGGAUGUAAGUAUUUAGGCUGAUAUCAAGAGAAUUAUUAUGUUGGAUAUGAAACUAAUAUUGUUAGAGUUUGCUUGCAACAGUCCUCAUCUUUUGAUUGAGAUUUAUAGGUCAUGAAUGACAAGUUUGAGCUGAAACUUUAUUAUUGUUGUUUUUCUCA